UUUCAAACUCGGAUUUUGGCGGUCUCGCUGUUGUCUCAGGGCAAGGAGUGGCGGAGAGAGCAGUGAAAGGUCCCGUCUUGGGCGAGGCGCCGCCGGAAGGAUGAGCAUGUACGUCCGCAACCCCUGGGGCGGGCCUCUGAAGUUGCACGCUGAUUCCGCCACCGACGACGACCGCAGCCGCAACCUCGAUUUCGACCCCGGGGCGCUGUCGAUGACGUCGCGGCAGCUGGACGAGACCCAGAAGAGUUGGCUCCUCGCGGCGCCGGGGAGCCACGGGAAGAAGAAGACGAAGUACGUCGACCUCGGUUGCCUCCUCGUUAGCCACAAGCUCUUCCUAUGGAUCGUCGGCGCCGUUGUCGUGGCCGCUGCGCUCGCAGGACUCAGUGCCGUCGUCGUCAAGACUGUCCCCCGGCACCACCGCCCUGUGCCGCCGCCGGAUAACUACACGCUCGCUCUCCACAAGGCCCUUAUGUUCUUCAACGCACAGCGAUCGGGACCGAUUCCCAAACACAACAAUGUAUCCUGGAGGGGGAACUCCGGGAUGAGGGAUGGCCUCUCCGACCAAUCAUACAGGAAGAGUCUCGUCGGGGGAUUCUACGACGCCGGCGACGCCAUCAAGUUCACCUUCCCUGCUUCCUUCGCCAUGACCAUGCUCAGUUGGAGUGUCAUCGAAUACAGUGCCAAGUACGAGGCAGCCGGAGAGCUCCACCAUGUCAAGGAGAUUAUAAGGUGGGGCGUCGAUUACCUGCUCAAAACCUUUAACUCUUCCGCGGACACAACCGAUAACAUUGUGGCACAGGUUGGGCAAGGUUCCUCUUACUGUUGGAUGAGGCCAGAGGUCAUUAACUACCCGCGGCCGGUUGCUAUCUGUCGCGAUAAGUGCUCCGAUCUCAUGGCAGAGACGGCGGCUGCUUUGGCUGCCGCCUCCAUCGUCUUCAAAGACGACAGCGCCUACUCCAAGAAGCUCAUCCAUGGCGCCUCUACUCUCUGGAAGUUCGCAUCCAAAGACAUCAGACACAAGAAUAUAUACACCGGGCAACGAGAUGCGACCUCCUACAAUUCAACCAGUAAUUUCGAUGAACUUAUUUGGGGCGGAGCAUGGAUGUACCUUGCGACGGGCAAUACGUCGUGCCUUUCGGUGUCGACUGAUCCCAAAUUAGCUCAACGAGCUGGGGCAUUUCGGGGCGGUCCUCAGUAUGGAGUUUUGAACUGGGACAACAAGCUUCCUGGUGCUCAAGUACUGCUUAGUAGAUUGAGACUGUUCCUGAGCCCAGGUUACCCGUAUGAAGAAAUACUGGGAACUUUUCACAAACAAACUGCCGACAUCAUGUGCUCAUAUCUACCGGUUUUCAAAUCCUUCAAUCGCACAAAAGGCGGUUUGAUCGAUCUAAAUCAUGGAAAUCCAUCGCCCCUUCAGCACGUAGUCAAUGCAGCAUUUCUCGCAACGCUUUACGCUGAUUAUCUCAACGCAGCUGAUAUUCCAGGAUGGUACUGUGGCCCUGACUUCUACCCUGCCGGUGCCUUGCGCGACUUUGCUCGCUCUCAGAUCGAUUACAUUCUGGGUAGAAAUCCACACCGCAUGAGCUACGUCGUAGGAUUUGGCUCCGAGUACCCUAAGCGUGUUCAUCAUAGGGGAGCAUCGAUUCCGAAGAACGGGGAACGACGGCACGACUGCAAAGGAGGGCGGAAAUGGAGGGACUCCAAGAAGGCAAAUCCGAACACGAUCAUCGGUGCAAUGGUGGCGGGACCUGAUAAGCACGACGGGUUCAGAGACGUGCGGUCCGACCGCAACUACACCGAGCCGACUCUCGCCGGCAAUGCUGGAUUGGUUGCUGUCCUGGUGGCCUUGUCAGGGGAGAGGACUGGAGUACUCGACAAGAACACUAUGUUUUCAUCAGUUCCGGCCAUGUUUCCCGAUCCCCCACCGCCACCUGCACCGUGGAAACCCUGAGAGAUUUUCCCACUUGUCGUUGCUGGUCGUGAUGUUUCUUCCCUCUAUCCCAAAUGGGCAUCAUGACAGUUUAGUAUGGAGAUUAGUUUAGUGUUGUAUCUAUUUGAUACUUGAUGUAGUGUGACUUUAAGCGCACUUAUUUCCACCGGUU